AAUCGUGAUAAGAUUUGUUCAAUUCUGAAUUUAUUUUUUUUUCAACCUAUUGAACUUAUUUUGUGACCUUUUCAGUUACUAUAAAUAGCAUAGUGAACACUGGAUAAUCUGUUCGUGUUGACAAAAUAAUUAUAUUCUUCUAAAUAUUUAUUAUUUCACGGUGGGAGUAGACGUGAUGUGAAAAGGGAGAUUUUCCAUUAUUAACUAGAAAAAAUUGAAAAGACAGUUUAAUAUGUAAACUGUUGAUGCCAAUUGCCUAAGUCAUGAUGUUUCUGACUUUGUACUAGACGUAUAACUAAAAAUUAAUAUACCAAUUAAAUGGGAACAAAGCAGCCAUGGGAGGACACGGCUACAACUCUUACAGAGUUUGCUCCCUUGGCUUCAGAGGUCAAGCCAAGCAAGAACUUUCUCUCAAGGCUGUGGAAAAAAGAUGGAUCUGACCAAUCCAAUAGCUCGUCAGCAACAGGGAGCCAGGCGUCCUCCAGAGAAGCGUCAGUAGAACGAGGUGCAAAUAGAGAUGUCAUCCAAGGUGAAGGCUCAACUUCUAAACAAAUCACAGAUCUGAUUGAAGAUGCUACAAAAGAGGAAAGUGAUGAUGAGGUUGGUCCACUUGAAGACAGUUCUGAUGGUCAAACUGUUCGGCAGGGAGGUCGGAGAAAUAUUCCAAAAAGAACUCUGUCUAAUGUUUUAACACGUCUUGGUAAUAUUAUAGAUAGAAGUGCGAGUAGUCAGACACCAACAACCUAUAAAGACAGUGAUUUUAAACAGUAUUGGAUGCCAGAUCACAGCUGUAAACAAUGUUAUGAUUGUGGCGAUAAAUUUACCACUUUUAGACGUCGUCAUCACUGUCGUGUCUGUGGCCAGAUAUUCUGUAGUAAAUGUUGUAAUCAGGAAUUACCAGGAAAAGCUAUAGGAUAUAAAGGGGGUAUACGUGUGUGUGCUUAUUGUUGUAAAGUUGUUUUACGAUACGCCCAAGAUUCUGAAUAUGAGAGAAAUCAACAGGAUGAUGUCAGUAUAUCGCCAAUAGAUUCAACGGAAUAUGGUACCACGCCCGAUUUUAACAUCUGGUCACCACUUAGUAAAAGGGCGUCACUAAUAUCGGAUGACAUCUGUUCGCCUCAGCAAAGAUGUGUCAGUCCACUAGAUAUACAGAGUUCUACAGGACUUAAAAUACUACCCUUUGAUCUCACACCCCAGUCCGAGUUCUCGCUUUCAGACUCACUUCUUACUGAGAGAAAAAUGCUUAGUCGGGAUUCGGUACAACUUCGAGAAAUCUGGCGUCAGAUCCAGGAUCCGGUUACAGGGGUUGACAUGCAGAGUCAUAGAAUACGAUUACGAACUUAUCAAAGAUGUGUUAUCGGCAAGGAAUUAGUUGAUUGGUUGAUAAAUAAGGACAAAGCUGCUAAAAGAGAACAGGGUGUAGCUAUUGGACAAGCUUUAUUAUAUGCUGAUUAUCUUGAGGCUGUAGGUACACAGUAUAAUAUAUUCCGCGAUGAUUUUACCCUUUAUAAACCAGGGGAGUUAUCAACCGUUCUAGAAAUUGGUUUAAAUACAGAAGGAUCCAGUAGUUCAGUAGAAGAGAAAUCUAGUAACGAACCCCUGUGGUUGAAGGAAAUAGAGUCAGGUGCUAUAGAUUAUUCCUCACCAUCAGACUCGGACAGAGCCAAAAGCCAAUCAGAGACAAGUUCGCGUCACAUGUUUUAUCUUGGUGAUCCAUCUGAUAGUGGUAGUUUCUCCGGGGAUCUCUCCAAAUUAACACCUGUACCUUUUGAAUUGAACGAAGAGCCACUGCCUCGUCAAGAUUCUUCUGCAGCUGGUCUGACAGAUGAAUUUCUUAAAGGAACGUUUCUAACAGACACGACGACCACGGCGCCUGAUCAGAAAACAUGUCCACAUGGUUGGCGUGUUGUGGAUGAAUUACGAGAAGAGAAUGGUGAAAAACUGGCCUACGAUAGAUUACGGACAUGCCAUACAGAUCAUUGGAAUGCGAUGGCUAAACAGUUGUUGAGUCAACGAGGUUUAUCAUUCCACUGGGAACCGAUCAUAUUAACUUACGUAACAAAGAUCAGCCAUUUUGUACGACCAGAUAUCAUCUCGGAAGGAGAUAAUCUUGAUAUUAGACAAUAUUUACAUGUAAAAAAGGUGCCUGGUGGUCAUAAAAAUGAAACGUUAUUAAUCCAUGGGUUGGUGUUUACAAAGAAUGUGGCCCAUAAAAAGAUGAAAUGUAAAAUCAAUAAUCCCCAGAUAUUAUUAUUACGAGGAAGUAUUGACUAUCAACGAAUAGAAAGCAAAUUCUCUUCUCUAGAACCUCAAAUAUUACAGGUAGGUUUACAAUCUUCUAGCUAG